CCUGGGAUAAUGUCUAUACUAGAUUUCCUUAUUGAUCUAAAUUAUAUUGUAGGAAUGUAGCCCUUGACAGUAAUCUUUUAAAGGUUUUUGUUUCUUUGUUUUCAGCUUCUUCAGUCUAACAUGGCAGAAAAACCAAGGCGUAUGUCUACACAAACACUGGAUGAUGAGGAUACACAAAAAGAAGAUAAUACCCGCUGCUUAACUAUGCUUGGUCAUUUUGGUUUUGAUUGUUUGCCUCAUCAGUUGGUGAACAAAUCUGUUCAACAAGGAUUUUCUUUUAAUAUUCUCUGUGUGGGGGAAACUGGAAUUGGAAAAUCAACAUUGGUUGACACAUUGUUCAAUACUAAUUUGAAAGACAAAAAAUCCUCACAUUUCUACUCAAAUGUUGGACUUAAAGUUCAGACCUAUGAACUUCAGGAAAGCCAUGUUCAGUUGAAAUUAACUGUUGUGAAAACAGUGGGAUAUGGUGAUCAAAUGAACAAGGAAGCCAGCUAUCAGCCAAUUGUUAACUACAUAGAUGCUCAAUUUGAGGCCUAUCUUCAAGAAGAACUGAAAAUUAAACGUUCCUUCGCUGACUACCAUGAUUCCCGUGUCCACGUGUGCCUUUACUUCAUUUCACCUACAGGACAUUCUCUGAAGUCCCUUGAUGUAUUGACCAUGAAGAACAUUGAUAGUAAGGUGAACAUUGUACCACUGAUUGCCAAAGCAGAUGCAAUUUCUAAAAAUGAUUUACAGAAAUUUAAGUGUAGGAUCAUGAGUGAAUUGGUUAGUAAUGGCAUCCAGAUAUACCAGUUCCCAACAGAUGAUGAAACUUCUGCUCAGGUGAACUCCUCAAUGAAUGGGCUCUUACCUUUUGCUGUAGUAGGAAGUAUGGAUGAAGUGAAAGUUGGAAAAAGGAUGGUCAGAGGCCGUCAGUACCCCUGGGGUGUUUUACAAGUGGAAAAUGAAAAUCACUGUGACUUUGUUAAGCUCCGGGACAUGCUUCUUUGUACAAAUACGGAAGACUUGAAAGAACAAACCCACACUCAGCACUAUGAACGUUAUAGGUGCUGCAAACUUCAGAAAAUGGGCUUUCCUGACGUGGGUCCAGACAACCAGCCUGUUAGUUUUCAAGAGAUCUAUGAAGCCAAAAGGCAGGAGUUCUUUGAUCAGUGUCAGAGGGAAGAAGAAGAGUUGAAACAGAAAUUUAUGCAGCGAGUAAAGGAGAAAGAAGCAGCAUUUAAAGAAGCUGAAAAAGAGCUUCAGGACAAGUUUGAGCAUCUUAAAAGAAUCCAACAAGAGGAGACAAUGAAACUUGAGGAGGAGAGAAGACAACUGGAAGAAGAAAUCAUAGAUUUUUAUAAAAUGAAGACUGCCUCUGGAUCACUGCAGACUCAGGUGUGCACCAAUACAAAGAAGGACAAAGAUCGUAAGAAAUAG